CCCUUGAUGUGGAGUUCACUGGCUUACAUUCCACUUCCCCUCCCAGUGACCAGCCCAGCCUGUUUGAUUCCCCUGCGGAGCGGUACCUGAAGGUCAGGCAGAGCGUGCAGCGCUUCACUGUUACCCAGCUUGGGCUGGCAAUAUUCUCAAAUGAAAAUUCAAACACGUAUGUGGUGCAUUCAUACAACUUUUUUCUCUUUCCAUCAACAUUGGGAGUUAAGGAUAUUGAAUUCACCCUCUCUGCAUCUAGUAUUCAGUUUCUGUCCCAUUAUGGCUUUGACUAUAACAAGUUCCUCAAAGAUGGAAUCCCAUACAUGAAUGAGGUGCAAGAGGAGAGCUUUAGACAGCAGCCCUUAGCGAGUAGCUGGAAAGUCAGCAGUGCCUUGGACAGGGAUGUGCUGAAGAAGGCUAUCGAUGAAGUGACCUGUUGGAUAACGGCAGCAGAGGAAGAGGAGACUAUGAUUCUGCAGGAUCUGAGUGGCCAUCAGAUGUUUGAAGUUCAGCUGGUUCUGAGGCAGGCUCUCCAAAACAUUUGGACACAGCCUCUUGGAGACAAGAAGGUAAUGGUGAAAAAAGUGAGACCACAGCAUCGUCGCCUGCUGGAGAACUCCCGUUAUGACUACUGCCAGAAGGAGCUCAUUCUCUUGUCUGCCCGGGGCUUCACCAACCUCUUCCAGACACUUGUUAAGUCCAAGAAGCCCCUAGUGGGACACAACAUGCUUAUGGACCUCAUGCAUCUUCACGACAAGUUCUACAAGCCCCUUCCAGAAAGCUACGAGGAGUUUAAAAGGAACAUUCACAACCUGUUUCCUGUCCUCCUAGACACCAAGACUGUGACAAAAUCCAUCUGGAAGAAAUGCCAGUUUCCUCGAGUAUCUAAUCUUCUGGAGGUGUAUGAGGUUUUGUGCAGCGACCUAAAUCCCAAAGAUGCAACGUGCCCAGUGAUAGCUCUUGCAAGUGACUGCUCAAGAUACGCUGAGAAGAAAUACCCUCAUGAGGCAGGCUAUGAUGCAUUUCUCUGCGGUUCAGUUCUUCUGAAGUUGGCUCAUUUGCUACUGUGCAGAUCCACAGGUGAUGCAGUGGAGGCUCAUCCUUCUUUCUCCCACUAUCUCUCAGUGUUAGCUGAAUAUCUGAACAAGGUGAAUUUCAUUCGAGGUGGUGUUUCAAACAUUAAUUUUUCUGGGGAGGAUGUUCCUUGCCAAUAUCCCCCUCUCCUGGUUGUUCACGUUCAAGGCUGGCCAGGGCUCAGCGAAAGGCAGAUUUACCAGGAGUUUAAAGCUCAUUGUCGCUUUGAUGUCAGACGACUUUCAAGGAACCAGUUCAUUUUGCUCUCCAAUCGCUUUAAGCACGUCAGGCUUGUUCUGCGAGAUUAUAAGCAUCACCCUCACCUCCGGGUUUCAGUCUAUCGCCAUUGGAGGCACUCUCCACGCGUGAACUGCCUGCUGCAAGUCUCUGGUAUUGUGGCACUGUGGUCUGUCCUGGCCUUUGUA